AUGGCGACAGUCCCUGAUUAUUCAAACACGGGUGGAUCUUCCACGUUAUUGAGUUUUGUCACUGGAGGUGGAGGAACUCAAUCAGCCAAUGGCACAGCACCUGCUCAAAGCGCUCCUGGCACAGACAAUGAUGCGUGGACGAGAGGAGGCAGACAAUUCGCUUCGGUAAAAGAAGUUUACACUCGAUCACUGUACCGAAUAUGCCUCAAAUUCACAACGUCCGAAGACGAGGAUGAAGGGAAACCAGAACCGGCAACUGCCUUCUGGACUCUAUACGGACGGCAAACAACAAUUGGAAAUGGAGGACCGUCCUCGCAUUCGCCAGAUGAUAUUUGCAGGCGAAUGGACGAUUCAAUGACUGGCCCAGCUGCUGGUGUUCUGUCGCGACUAGCGGACGUGGACGGAGACCAAGCAACCAGCUAUGCACUCAGAGCUUCCAUGACCACUGGGUGGCACAUUCGGGGAGAUAGAGGAGAUGCAGCCAUUCGAGUAGGAAAAGCAAAAGUUUUUUCAGGGAAGAGCGGCCCAGAAGGCCCUUCAAGGGAAGCUCAAAUGCUGACACUGGAUGCAGAUCGUUGGGUGUUGGUGAAGGGAGCUUCAUUUGCAGCUGGAAAUUCUGUCUUCAAUGUAGAAGACAUUAAUGAUGCCAAGCAAAAAAUCACAGUUCACUGCUCGAAGGGGCCAAUGCGAGGAAAGCUCAUUGACAUUUAUGCCACUCGGUGUCCCUUUGUUUUUGGUCGGGCACACGAAGCUGAUCUAUGUAUCAUGGACAGAGAAUUGAGUCGCCGACAUGGGGCAGUGUUACAUGUUCCAAGCCGAAAACAAGGCCGUGCCAAAGGUCCCGGUGUUUUCGUCCUUGUAGAUUUAGAGAGUACGAAUGGAUCGUACAUGAGACUGAUUGGUCCAUAUGGAUUCAAAGGAAUGGGAGCACUUACUAUUGGCGACGAAUUCAUUGUUGGAAGAACUGGAUUUUCUGUGAAUCGAUAUGAUUUUGGUAUAUCAGAAGCCAUUGGGGCUCGACCAACAAUGGAAGACAGAACCACAGUCAUUCAGAAUCUAAUGUACGAACCAAGACAUGGAUAUUACAAGAAUGAGCCAAAGGAUCAACUGCAAGAGCUGGCGAUGACUUCUUUUGCAGCUGUUUUCGAUGGUCACGGUGGAGACGAAUGUUCCAACUAUCUUGUAGAUGCUCUUCCACACCACAUCCGAGUGGCCAUGUAUGCAGAACGAGAACCACUUCGAGCAGCAAUCGAAACCAGUCGAACGUCAGCUAGAGGAGAACAAUCGGAGGACGCAGCGUCGGAAUUGAUGCGCAAGAUCUUGAAGGGGGCUUACCUCAAAACCGAUAAGGAAUUCAUUACGCCGAAAACGGCACCACAAAGUGGUUCCACAGCGGCUACAGUGGUUUUACUUGGAAGGCGGCUGUUUGCAGCCAACGUUGGUGACAGUCGGGUGGUCUUGUGUCGAGGUGGUGGACAAUGCGUGGAACUAACGAGUGAUCACAAACCCAGCAGACCGGAUGAAGCUGCCCGAGUUAGGGCAGCUGGUGGAUUCAUUCUACACAAGCGUGUAAUGGGUGAACUAGCCAUUACGCGUGCCUUUGGUGACAAAUCUUUCAAAAUGGGAAUUAAAGCAAUGCUGGAAGACGAAGCGGAUGAACUCACCCGCGGACUCCAUGAAAAUGACCAAGCAAAGGACUUGACUGCUCCUCUUGUCAGUGCAGAACCAGAGAUUGCAUCGAUGGUUCUAAGCCAUAAUGACGAAUUCCUUCUUCUUGCAUGUGAUGGUCUCUUUGAUGUAUUCAGAUCACAAGACGCCAUUGCCCUUGCACGGCAAGAGCUGAUAGCCCACAGAGGUGAACCAGCUGAAGUUGCAAGAAUUUUGAGUGAUCAAGCUAUUCGUGUGCGAAGAAGUCGUGACAAUGUUAGUAUUCUAAUUAUCGUCCUCAGACCGUUCUGGGAACUUUAA